CGCGGCACUCGGGGAUGAGAAGAGAUAAAUGGCAGGCUUCUUAAGCUAUGCAUCUCUCCCCCUAAAAUUCACCUCCGGAGAAGCUGAAGCUCACUCCUCCUCCUCCUCCUCCUCCUCUUCAAUAUAUUCUCUUAGUUCUCGGAAUGUCGUCAUUGUCUCUGCCGUUGCUGCUCCCAAGAAGAAGACCAGGAAAAAGAAGUCGUCCAAGAGCGACGAUUCUUCUUCUUCCUUAUCUUCAUCUUCUACUUCAAUUUCGACUGCCGAGAAAGGUCUGAGAUUCGUUUUCAUGGAGGAGCUGAUGGAGCGUGCUCGCAGUCGUGAUGUCGCCGGCGUUUCUGAAGUCAUUUACGACAUGAUUGCUGCUGGACUCACCCCCGGUCCUCGAUCCUUCCAUGGCUUGCUUGUCUCCCAUGCUCUUAAAGGCGAUGCCGAGGGGGCGAUGCAGGCACUUCGAAGGGAGUUGAGUGCUGGCAUUCGUCCUUUACACGAAACGUUUCUUGCACUUAUUCGAUUAUUUGGUUCUAAAGGUCAUGCUACCAGAGGUUUAGAAAUUCUUGCGGCAAUGGAAAAGUUAAAAUUUGACAUCCGACAAGCUUGGCUAGUUCUUGUUGAGGAGCUUAUCAGAAACAAUCAUCUGGAUGAUGCCAAUAAAGUUUUCCUGCGAGGUGCUGAAGGUGGACUUCGAGCCACUGAUGAAUUAUAUGAUCUUCUAAUUGAGGUUGAUUGUAAAGCUGGAGAUCAUUCUAAUGCUUUAACCAUUGCCUAUGAAAUGGAGGCUGCUGGCCGAAUGGCAACCACAUUUCAUUUCAAUUGUCUUCUCAGUGUGCAGGCUACUUGUGGAAUACCAGAGAUAGCUUUUGCAACAUUUGAGAACAUGGAAUAUGGAGAAGACUAUAUGAAACCUAAUACAGAGACAUAUAAUUGGGUGAUUCAGGCAUAUACCAGGGCUGAAUCAUAUGAUCGGGUUCAAGAUGUAGCAGAAUUACUUGGCAUGAUGGUUGAAGAUCAUAAACGUUUGCAACCCAAUGUAAAAACAUAUGCGUUGCUGGUUGAAUGCUUUACCAAGUAUUGCGUUGUACGAGAGGCUAUCCGGCAUUUUCGUGCCCUUAAGAACUUUGAAGGGGGAACAAAAGUACUACAUAAUGAAGGAAACUUUGAUGAUCCACUUUCUUUGUAUCUCCGGGCUUUAUGUCGGGAAGGUAGAAUUGUUGAGUUGCUUGAAGCUUUAGAAGUUAUGGCUAAAGAUAAUCAACCCAUUCCAUCUAGAGCCAUGAUAUUGAGCAGAAAAUACAGGACAUUAGUUAGCUCAUGGAUUGAACCUCUGCAAGAAGAAGCUGAACUUGGACAUGAGAUCGAUUACAUUGCCAGGUACGUAGCAGAGGGGGGUCUUACAGGUGAGCGCAAACGGUGGGUACCACGUAGAGGGAAAACUCCUCUAGAUCCUGAUGCCCUUGGAUUUAUUUACUCAAACCCAAUGGAAACCUCUUUCAAGCAGCGUUGUCUUGAGGAUUGGAAGAUACACCAUCGCAAGCUACUGAAGACCCUUCGGAAUGAAGGACCUGCAGCCCUUGGGAAUGCAUCUGAAUUUGAUUAUCUCAGAGUAGAGGAGAGGUUAAAGAAGUUUAUCAAGGGUCCUGAACAAAAUGUUUUAAAGCCUAAGGCUGCUAGUAAGAUGAUUGUCUCUGAGUUGAAGGAAGAGUUAGAAGCACAAGGCUUGCCUAUUGAUGGAACUAGAAAUGUGCUUUACCAGCGGGUGCAAAAAGCAAGAAGAAUAAAUCGUUCACGUGGUCGGCCUCUUUGGGUUCCUCCUGUGGAAGAGGAAGAAGAGGAGAUUGACGAGGAGUUGGAUGAAUUAAUUUCACGGAUUAAAUUGGAAGAGGGAAAUACAGAGUUUUGGAAGCGUCGUUUUCUUGGAGAAGGCAUCAAUGGUGACCAUGGCAAGCAACCUGAACCAGUGAACUUGGAACUUCAAGAUAUGUCAGAUGAUGCUGAUACUUCUGAUGAAGCUGAUGCUUUUGAUGAUGCUGAUGUUGUGGAGGAUGUCGCCAAAGAGGUUGAAGACGAAGAGGCCGAUGAAGAGGAAGAGGAAGUUGAGCAGACUGAGAACCAAGUGGGGGACAGGGUUAAGGACAAGGAAGUAGAAGCUGCUAAGCCUCCUCAAAUGAUUGGUGUCCAGUUGCUGAAAGAUUCUGAUGAAACAACUGCCACAUCAAGCAAAUCAAAAAAGAAAGUUUCCCGAAAUCGAAUGCAGGAUGAUGAUGAUGAUGACGAUGACUGGUUUCCUGAAGACUUACAUGAGGCAUUUAAGGUGAUGAGAGAGAGAAGAAUUUUUGAUGUUUCAGACAUGUAUACCAUAGCUGAUGCAUGGGGUUGGACGUGGGAGAGAGAACUGAAGAACAGGCCUCCUCAGAAAUGGUCACAAGAAUGGGAAGUUGAGUUGGCUAUCAAAGUAAUGCAGAAGGUGAUUGAAUUGGGUGGAACACCAACUAUUGGGGAUUGUGCCAUGAUACUGCGUGCAGCCAUUAGAGCUCCACUCCCUUCAGCUUUAUUGAAAAUCUUGCAAACGACACACAGUCUGGGUUAUGUUUUUGGGAGCCCUUUGUAUGAUGAAAUCAUCUUGUUAUGUCUUGAUCUUGGUGAACUCGAUGCAGCCAUAGCAAUUGUUGCAGACAUGGAGACCUCUGGAAUCACAGUCCCUGACCAAACCCUGGACAGGGUGCUUUCUGCUAAGCAGGGUACUGAUGCUGCUGUCGAUGGUGAAUCAUUGUAGUUGGGAUAUCGCAACACCCAUCAAUUCUAGUUUUGUCUGAUAUGUCACUUGGUCCUGA